GGCAGAAGGAGUGGGAAACAGCUGUACUGCAUUGUGAGAGGGAGAGAGAAAGAGAGAGGUGGGGGGAAAAGAUAUAUGUAAGACACUCAUUCCUCACACCGUCAGAAGAUACAGAGAACAUUUCCAUUUCAUAGAAUAGGUCGAUAUCUCAGCUAAAUUUGUGAUACUUAAAUAAUUUAGAGAGUUGGGAUAUUAAUGGCAUUGAAGUAACUAGUACUUGCUUGUCAUCUUUCCCUCCCUCCAUCCUCCCCUGCUCUCGGACACAUUGACUUGCUGACUGACUAACUGGGAUGCUCCAGCGUCGCAACACUGGACUUUGUGUGUCUCUGUGUGUGUGCCAGUGUGCUUGACGGAGGUAAUGAGAGAGAGAGGGAGCGCGCGAGAGAAAAGCAGAGCAAGAGGAGGAGAGAGAGAGAGAGAGAGAGAGCGAGUGAGAGACGUGUACAAACGCACACACACAUACGGAGCGAGACGGGAGGAGAGAAGAGGAGUGGAGAGAAUGCCUGGUGAAAGGGUGGCGCUUCCUCGCUUGCUGCUUCCAAGGCCUCUGUGAGAGAGAGACACCAUGGGCUGCAUCGGCUCCCGGACCAUCACUUAUAUCUGUGUGGAGAAGAGGGCACGCAAUGCAGUGUCAAUUUACACGGACGCUGUUCCUGUACGGAAAGAUGGGGAGCAGCUCUCUAUGGAGGACACCACUUCCAUUCUGCCUCGUCUGAAGAGGAACUCCAGUGCUUACGGGAUCGGUGCUCUGGCUAAGUCCUCACUGACAGGUGUGUCAGGCGUGUCCCGUUCCAUGAAGGAUAAAGUGACAAAGCCUACUGCCAUGGCCUCGGGCAAGGUGGCUCACAUGAUCGAAUGGCAGAGCUGGAACACACCAUCCACUGGGACUGAAGGGAAUGUGGUCGCCAAAAUCCCAACCUCGCAACGCGAAAAGGAUAGGCGGAGGGAGAGUGAAAUGUACAGUGAACUCAGUGAAGGAGAAAAGGAAGCCCGCUUCACCGCAGGAUUAAUGGCACAAUUUGCCUUAUCGGAGGCUACUUUGCUGGGCUGGAGAUCUAUGGAGGAAGACAGCCUUUGUGCUGGCUCCAACGAAGGCAGUGUGGCACACCUCAGUGAGACCAACCAGGAGAGCAUCACCAGCAGAGAUCAGGCGAUGCAUCACUCCUCGGCCGACGUGUGGCCCAACACCUACGUUGCCCAGGGACUCUAUUGCCUCUCCUCCUCUGACGCCUGGGAGCCAAUCAGCAACGAUCCAUCGGGCGUGGCCUCGCCGUCCGCCUACAUCAUGGCGGGUGGGGGCGGAGGGACGCCCGGUGAGGGCUACGGCGAGGUGGACAAUGUGGGGGGCUACAUCCAGCCGCAGCAGCAGUCCCAACAGCUCACCCUGCAGCAGCAGAGCCAGCUGCAGCUCCAGCAGCUGCAGCAGAUCCAGCUGUACCAGCACCAGCAGCUAAUGCUCUACCAACAGCAACAGACAAUGGAACACAGACUACACAGUGCAAACCACUCCCUCCAAGCCACACCCAACAGCACCAUCCACAGUCUGGGUCUGCCCACUCACCCUCGCCUGGCUGACCUAUGGGGAUCCGCGCAGGUGGAGAUUGUCGGACAGAUGAGCGGGCCAAUGGGUGACAUGGUUGGGGGUGUGGUCGAGACCUUGGGGGAGGAGCCAGAGGAAGAGAGCGAAUGCAUUUCAGAACAACAGGAAGAGGAGGAGACUAAGGAAGAUGAGAUUACGUUAACCUUGGAGCCAACUUUGACCCCGUCGCCGCUUAGAGAAGACGCCACCCCGAUUGGAGGCACCAGUCCACAACUAGCACGCCCAGAAUCAAUGGCAGAGCGCAUACCCUUUGUGGUCACACCCUGCAUAGUCCAAUCGUUGGAGGAGAAGGAUGAAGAGGUUGCGGAGGGGUCUAUUGUUGCUGUGGCAAUCAAUUGAGAGGGACAGUCAGACAGAGAGACUGACAAACAGGAUACACUUAUCAAUAAUCAACCAAGCAAGCUAUUCCACACCCCUUCCAGCUAUUUACCCACUCUGAGACAGAAACAAACAGAAAGACUAAGUGCUGGAAAUGACAAUGAUGAAAGAGCCACAGGGGACUUUAAAGACAUUUCAUUGACUGCUCAAAUCUGUGAGUUUGCUGAAAUGUAAGGAUUUGUUUUGCAGUGAUAUUGAACUAAGGAAAGGAAGCUGAAAGAAUGGAGUUAAUGAGUAGAAAGAAAGACAAAGGACACUGCGAUAAAGUUCAGUGCAAUACAGAGAAUCACGAGACUACCAAAAGGAAGUGCAUGCUUUUGAAAGUAAUCAAACGAUAAUAGUAAACCGUAUACAAAGUAAUAAUAUAUAAUAAUGAUUUUUAUAAAAACAAAAAAGGAAAUAAAGUAAUAUGUAUCAGUGUUUGUUUGUGUGUGUAUGUACAGUGUGCGUGCGUGCGCUUUGCAUGUAUGUGAGAGUGUUCAAAUGUAUGUAUGUACAGUAUGUAUGUAUGUAAAAAAAUAUACAUAUUCUCGAAAAA